AAGCUGGUAACGAAGGUAACUCGAGUUUUUUUUUUUUUAUUAUUUUUUUUUUGAAAAUAGGCAAUGGAGGGAUAUAACUGUAAUUGUAAAAUUGGGAAGGGUAAGUUCUGUGAUGGAAUUGGGACACCGCCGAGCUACUUCCAAGAAAAAGAUGAGUUGUGGAGAUUUGGGUGGAGAGUUGUGGUGUUAGGCUAUGGAUGUGGAGUUGUUUUUGGACUGCUGAUGGGAUAUCUUGUCUUCCGAACAGGAAAACCAAAAUGUGAUUUUGUAGAACUUGACAUGUUCUUGGCACUUCAAAAUCUGGAAACCAUCAUUCUUUCAUCCAAUAAUCUGUCCUUGAGAAUGAAUGUUGAUGCCAACUUCACAUUACCCAAACUAACUGAUGUUUUCUUGUCUUCUUGUAACUUGAGUGAAUUCCCCAAUUUCUUAAGACAUUCAAAUGGUCUACAAAGCCUAGUGCUAUCCAAAAAUAGCAUUCAUGGAAAUAUUCCCGAAUGGAUAUGUGAAAAGGAUGAUCUCAAAAUUCUUGAUCUUUCUCAUAACAAUUUAAUCGGGAAGAUUCCAAAUCGUCUUCCUAAGUUUCUCUCAGUGUUGAAUUUGCAGGCCAAUUACUUUGAUGGAAAUAUUCCAUUUGGGUUUCCAGAGGGCUGUGGAUUACAAAAUCUCAACUUGCAUGGAAAUCAAAUGGAAGGGCUAUUACCAAGAUCUUUAGUGAAUUGUAGCAUGUUAGAGGUUCUAGAUGUUGGCAACAACAACAUAAGUGAUACAUUCCCUCAUUGGUUGGAAUCUCUACCAGACCUUCAAGUGCUUGUCUUAAGGUCCAACAAGUUCCACGGUUUUGUGCAGAGCACCAAAGAAAGUCCAUCUUUUCCCAAGUUGCGAGUUCUUGACCUCUCCAGCAAUGAUUUUCGUGGCCCUUUGCCUGUUCGGUACAUUGAAAAUUUUAAAGCGAUGAUGGACAUUUAUAGAGAUGAGGGUUCUCCUGAAUACAUGAAUAUCGGUUCUUAUCAAUAUUCACUGGUUGUGACAUUGAAGGGAUUCGACUAUGAGCUGCAGAGAAUCUUGACCAUAUUCAGUAGUAUUCAUCUCUCAAAUAACAUGUUUGAGGGAGAAAUUCCAGAUGCUAUUGGAAAGCUUAGUUCUCUCAAAGGGCUUAAUCUUUCUCAUAACAACCUUACUCGUCAUAUCCCACCGUCACUAGGGACUUUGACGGAUCUGGAAUGGUUGGAUCUCUCUUCCAAUGAGCUGGUGGGGAAAAUUCCUGAUGAAUUGGGCAAUCAGUUCAACACCUUUGGAAAUGGUUCUUAUGAAGGAAACAAUGGACUGUGUGGAAUCCCAUUGUCAAAAUCUUGUGAUGGAAUUGGGACACCACCGAGCUUCUUCCAAGAAAAAGAUGAGUUUUGGAGAUUUGGCUGGAGAGUUGUGGUGUUAGGCUAUGGAUGUGGAGUUUUUGUUGGACUGGAGAUGGGAUAUCAUGUCUUCCGAGCAGGAAAACCAAAAUGGUUUGUGUCUUUGUUUGAUGGCCGACCAAGUCAAAGUGGAAGGAAGAUGAGGAAAGCCAGAAGACUUGUUCAAAGAAGAAGUGGCUUCUGAUUUAAUGUUUCCUGAAUAAGUGGCUUUUUGGGUUUGAAGUUCCUGUUAUGGCUAGCAUUGGCUUGUCUAAAAUUGUCAGCCUACUCUUGUCUUUAUUAUGCUUUGUAAUUUUGUCUUUCUUUAUUGUAAAAUAUAUUGAGAAAGUGUUU